AUGCUUAAGGAUCCCUCAUCCUCCAACCACCGCUACUGCCGCCUCCGUACUGAAGAACUUUCAAGGGCACUCAAGGGCUUGUGUACACAAAGUAGCUCCCAGCUGGUGGUUGGCGUGCAAGCUUCCACACACUUGGACGCGGGCCGCUACAGCCCCGGAUCAGCUCCAUGUUCCAGCCUCGCCGACCCCCGUCCCCCAACCAGAACCCUGAACCGCCUGCCCCCUGCCAAGCUGUCCCAGCCCUCGGGGACGUCCCGUCUUCAGCAGCCCGUCCCAACUCGCCCCCCUCGGCCCUCACUGGAGCACCGGGGGCCCCAAUCCGUCCAUGGGGAGCAGGCGGAAGGAUGCGGGGCCCCUAGCCGGAGGCCCCAACCCCACCUGCAGACCCCAGGAACCAGCGCUGAGACCCAAGCUGGAUGUCAGGCCAAGGAUGUAUCCACACUGACAGAAAUCUCCUACAACUUGAACCUGCCAGAGGUGGAACUGGUGAGUCUGCUGAAGGAAGAUCUGCCUAGAUACACGCUGCGGGCGGACUGUGUGUUUGGGUACGACCACGACGACUGGCUGCACACCCCUAUCCUGCCUCCAGAGGCCAUCCUGGGACUCUCGCCGGAGCUGAUCGAAGAGACCCUUAAGUACUUCCUGCUUUGCUCAGACAGAGUGGGCCAAGUCACCAAGACAUACCAUGACAUCGACGCUGUAACCCAUCUACUGGAGGAGAAAGAACGGGACCUUGAAUUGGCAGCACGGAUCGGCCAAUCGCUACUCAAGCAGAAUCGAGAUCUGACUGCACGAAAUGAGCUAUUGGACGAGCACCUGGAGAUCGCCAAAGAAGAGAUAGCGCAGCUGCGCCACGAGCUCUCCAUGAGGGACGACCUGCUACACUUUUACGCCAGCACUGAAGAGCUGGAGGCGGCUUCGGAGGCCCGCUCAACAGUGAAGAGGGAGGAGUCGUCCACGUCGUCUCUCACUCACCUCAUCCAAUAUGACUUCCUGCAGCAGAAACUCAAGGGUCUGGAGGAUGAGAACUUCAAACUGCGCUCUGAGGCCCAGGACCUGACCUCUGAGACCACAGACUAUGAGGAGAAGGAGCAGCAGCUGAUGAUGGUGUGCGUAGAGGAGCUGUCCUCGGUGAAUAGGCAGGUGUGCGACCUGUCUGAGGAGCUUGCUCGCAAGGUGGAGGACUCGCUCCGACAGCAGGAGGAGAUCAGCUGCCUGCUGGGACAGAUAGUCGACCAGCAGCAGAGCUGCAAAAAACUCACAAAUGAGAACGAAGACCUCAACCAGCACCUGAGUGCCUCCCGUGAAUGCCAAAACACGCUCAAGUCAGAGCUUCGAGACAUGCAAGAAAAGUACAAUGAAUGUGAGGACAUGCUAAGGGAAGCCCGGGAGGACAUAAAGAACCUUCGCAAUAAGAGCCUCCCCAACAGCACGGUGAAGCGCUACAGUGCCCUGGAGACGGUGAUUCCAAUGGACUCUCUGGCUGCGGAGAUCGAAGGGACCUUUCGGAAAGGAAUUGACACUCCUGCACCAUCAGAAUACAAGAACCACCCGUGGCGCGUGUUUGAGACGGUGAAGGUGGUGAACCAGGUGGUGCGUCUGCGCUCGCAGUGCCACUCCCCGCAGGUGCCCGGCUCCAGCCCUGCGUCGGCGCGCUCCAGCCUCACCAGCACGCCCCGCACCAGUUACUACUGCAGCGACGGCGCCAGCCUGCAGUCGGACGAUAAAGCCCCACUCACGCCCCACACAGAGGAGCAGAGCUCCACCCCUGGCAAGCGUCUGAUCGGCCAGCCAGGCACGCCCGGAGGUCACGACCUGGAGGUGGCCCUGCGCAGCCUGUCGGCACGGCAGGAGAGCCACGCGUCGGAGCGGCCCUUCUUUGAAGUGGAGCGGGAACGGAAGCUGCGGAAGCUGGUCCAUCAGGGCGGCGAGGCCGAGGGCGAGGGCGAAGGCGGGGAGUGCAGUGCAUCCAGCGGCUUCCUCACGCCCUCCUCCUCCACGGGCACCAACUACUCGGGCAGCUCGCGCCACUCCGCCGGCUCGGGCCUGUCCACCUCCUCGCGCUCCUGCCUGCCCGACCGCCUGCAGAUCGUCAAGCCACUGGAGGGUUCUGUCACUCUGCACCACUGGCAGCAGCUGGCCAAGCCCAACCUCGGGGGCAUCCUGCACCCACGGCCAGGCGUCCUGACCAAAGACUUCCACCAGCUGGAGGUGGACCUGCAGCACGUGUACAGCCUCAACGACCUGGAGGAGGACGAGGACGACUCUGCUCUGGCCAGGCUCUCCUCCAGCCAACACAGCAAUAUGGUCCCUCCAUCCGGCCCCAACUUCCCUCAGACCUCUCCCUCCUUCACUGUCACCAACAGUCGGAUCCUACAUCACCCUUCCUUACUCGUCCCCACCCUCACUGCCAGCCUUUCCGCUCUCAGCCUGUCCGCUUGUGGGAGCUGUCAGCAUGUGACGCACCCUCCGCCCUGCUCCCUCGUCCACCCCGCACUCGCCAGCUCUCCCCUCCGCCUCAGUAGCAGUACCCCUCCUCUGGGUCUGGUCAGCCUCCUCCAGAAACAAGGGAUUUCGGCCAGGACGGACCGGCAAACCGGCCCCGGCCCGUUGCCAGCCCCCUCCGUUCCUCUCACCGGGAAAGUAGCGUGGAACUCCUCGGCCGGUGGGGCAGACGGGGGAGCGUGCGUAGCGGACUCUGGAACUGGGAAUGCGUUCAGCUUCAACCUGGUGGAGAAGCUCCUGAGGCUGGGUCUCCACAGGGUGGCGGCGCGAGGGGUGGCGGACUCGAGUGCGUGGAAGAGCGACUGGCCCUGGGCGGACUGUCUGAGAGCUUUUGACCCCCGAUCAUGACGUCCUUUUUUUAAAGUUCAACCAAAAAGGCCCAGGGUCAUCCGACGAGCCUUCUUCCGUGGGGAAUAAUCACAGAGCCAUAAUGACUGUUGCUGUAGUGAAUUCACACAUUUUUUUCUGAUCUUGAUUUUUGUCUACAAACACUGUACAGUAGAUUAGAUGGUGUUGAGUGCCAUUGUAUGAUCAAGGCGUUGACAUCUCUGACGACAGAUCUAUCUGGCUUUUUGGGCCACUAUGUUGUCACGGUCGUCUUUUGUUUAAUCAAAAACUAUAGAUGAAUAAUGUAUGCUUUUUUUACCAUUUUAUUUCAGGUGUCGUUUGACACUAUGAAAGGGAAUAGCACUUUUCUGUCUGCAUUUAGAGGACCACUAAGUGUGUUAAACAUGGUCAUCAAAUGUAGACAAUCUGUUCGCUGGAUCCACAUGCUUUCGUUGUCUCCUACUGUGUGCUGGGUCUUACAUAUUGUGUCAUCAUGAAAAACAAACUGUUCUUCACAAUAACAGUAUAAAGAGGUGCUACCAUAUCUAUAUUUGUUUAGAUGGCGGUUUUGUUCUCUCCAUUAUGUAGUUCAUGUUGUUUGAACAAGGUACUCCCAUUUUGCACUGGAACACAAUGUAUUGUCCUUCACUUUAGGCACAGAAAUGAGCAGGGAAAUGGUUGCGGCAAGUCAUUUAAACUCACCAUCUCCUUCUUAGCGGUACAGGGAUGAGACACAAAAGGACUCAAUUCAAUGCUGAUGAUGUAUUUGAACUGCUGUAUAUAGAGCUGCAAGGCUUGUGAUUUGAGUGCUUUCACAUACGUGCACAGUAACUGAAUGAUGAACACCGCACACGCUGCUCUCCCUGUAGCACCGCUAACUCCAGACUGGGAUGAGUCCCACCCUGAUUCGUCGUUAUCCUGAGACAUACUCCUGCACGACCUGACACUGGACCCCACCCUAGUGUCCUUUGAUGCUAGUAUUCACAGAACGCACGGAAAGCCAUGUUAUGACGUGUAUUACACACACACACACACUCUCCAGUCAGCUCUCACCAAAUACACAACACUGAAAUGCAUGGGAUCACAUGUCUGGUGUCAGGAUAUCAGCUGUGGAAAUAGGACCCCAUGAAGACUGACCAGAGGUGCAAUGGACUGGGGGUACAUACUGGGGGCCCGGUGAUGGAAAGGGGACCAGGCGGUGUACAGUUAUGACAUUUUGACUGUAGAAGUCAGGGAACCCACAAUUUGCAGCUACACCCCUACACUGACUGUCCCCACACACUCGAGGUACACCUCAAGAUGUGGACUACUGACUUCACCUGCUCCUCCAAAGCUUUUUCCUGACUGAUCAGGGUCAAUCUGUACUAUGUAGCUCUCAGUGUGAAUGAUACCAGUCCUCUGGUGUGGUCAUUCCACACACGGUUCGGAGCUGAAGACACAUCAGAAUUGAGUGGACUAGGACAUUUACAGUCAUUAGCAGUGCAUGCUUUUUUUUUCUUUUUUUUUUAAAGACUGUCAUUGUGAAACAAUCAGUAGUUUAAAAGGACAUAGGAUUUGCUGAUCGUAAAAAGGGAAAUCAUUGACCAUGAAUUGCAUUGUCUUCUGUGUGAGCAGAAAUGAACAUCCAUACAGCUGUGUGACAUGUAGAAGCCUACUGAACGCGGCUACUGAAAUGGUCUUGUGUGUUCUGUAUUCAGUGUUACCCAACUGUAUCUGAGUGUUAAAGGUGUGCACUAUGUAUAAAUCAUAUUCCAUGUGAAUAAAUGCUCAACCACAGAA